CAGUUUCACCGGAGAGCGUCACAUACUUCAAGCUUGAUCUGCACUUUAAUGAUCUGUGGGUGCUUUCUUCACGAUGGAGUUGCUCGAGUUGUCCGACGUCCAACAGAUGUUCAACGACUCCCGUUUUCAGGGGAAUUUGAGUGAGCUUGAUGAUGUACUCGAGCCUUUACCUAAGGGCGCAAAGAUCACUGUCGUUGUGGUCUACUUGAUAGUGUGCGUGGUGGGGCUCGUGGGGAACUGCCUGGUCAUGUAUGUAAUUAUCAGGUACACAAAGAUGAAAACGGCCACCAACAUUUACAUCUUUAACCUGGCCUUGGCUGAUGCACUAGUGCUGGCGACUCUUCCUUUCCAAGGCACGGAUGUCAUCCUUGGUUUCUGGCCCUUCGGUCUGGCUCUGUGUAAAGCUGUGGUGGCCAUUGACUAUUACAACAUGUUCACAAGUGUUUUCACCCUGACCAUAAUGAGUGUGGAUCGCUACAUAGCCGUCUGCCACCCUGUGCGCUCCCUGACAGUUCGCACCCCGCUCCGGGCCAAGCUAAUCAACGUGGCUGUGUGGGUGCUGGCGUCAGCCGUAGGACUGCCUGUUAUGAUCAUGGGUCAGGUGGAGGAGGAAAAGGAUGUUUACGGUGCCGAGUGCAUACUGAACUUGCCUAAACCAAGAGAACACUGGUGGCCUGUGUUUGUGAUUUGUGUGUUCCUCUUCUCUUUCUUGAUUCCUGUGGUGAUCAUAAGUGUCUGCUACGGGUUGAUGGUACGACGCCUGCGCAGUGUACGUGUCCUGUCCGGUUCUAGAGAGAAGGACCGGAAUCUGAGGAGAAUCACCUAUAUGGUACUGUCUGUGGUCGCUGCUUUUGUGUUGUGCUGGAUGCCAGUGCAGGUCUUGGCUUUGAUCCAGGCCUUGGGGCAUGUGGAUCUUGGGACCAGCCAGGCCUCGAUGGCAGCCAUGCAUUUCUGCAUUGCUCUGGGCUAUGCUAACAGUUGCUUGAACCCUGUCCUCUAUGCCUUCUUGGAUGAAAACUUCAAGCGGUGUUUCCGUGAGUUCUGUAUCCCGGCCAACUCCAGUUUGUUCCUAGAAGAGCAGCGCAAGAGGUCAUUGAGGCAGGAGAGAGAAUGUGCUGAGGAGGAAGAAAAAGAAGUGGUUAUUGAUGAAGGUGCCAUUCCAGUGUGUGCAGAGUAG